AUGCAGCUGACUCAGACGAUAGGAGCCAUAGUGCUUAAUGGGAACAACACUGGCGGGGAUGUGUUUAGAAAGAUCACGGGACGCAAUCCACUGAGUUACUUGGGCCAAGAGGACCCGGAGAUCCUCGAGAGUUGGAUCCGCACGUUCCAUAAGCUGUUCGAUGUAGUAGGCUGCCCGAUGGAUCAACGAGUAGAGUCAGCCGUGUACUACCUUCAAGGAGAAACUGACCACUGGUGGGUAAUGGAAGGACCAGAUAUCAAGGAAAAAGAAGGAUUUGAUUGGGAGAUGUUCAAGACAGUAAUGAGAGAGAGGUUCUACCCGGAGCGUGUCAAGGCUACAAAAUAUGAGGAGUUCUUGCACCUUGAGCAAGGAAGAUCGACAGUUCAGGAGUAUCAUGCCCGCUUUGUGGCGUUGUCUCGUUUCGUUCCAACUUUGGCACCGGAUGAGGUCAGUAAGGCUCGAAAGUUUGUUCGGGGACUGCAUUUUGAUGCACAAAAGUUGUUCGCUGCAACAAAGUUUGCCACGUUGACCGAGGCUUACGACGAAGCUGCUGGUCAUUCCAGGAUUCAGCAACUCCAUCGAGAUGCCUUGCAUGGAUCGAAGAGGAAGAAUGAGGGUAUGGACGCCCAGUCAAGCAAAGGACAUCGAUUUAACCCUGCAGGCAGAGUGACAAUCGAGGUGGAGAAAGGAAGAACCUAG